CUGGUAAAAUAGGACCUACCACAAUCACACCCAGACAAAGUAGUACACACAAUUCUCUGUAUAAAGAAAAGGCGUGCGCUAAAAGUAGUCUCUGCUUUGAACAAUGGGGUCUGCUCAUCUCUAUCACUCUCUGCUAUGCUUCAAUUGGUAUCUCAAAGCUGAGCCUAAACCCAGUUUGUGGUAUAAAAAAGAAGCUGAACCCGCUUGAGAAUUGAGUAGAAGACACUAAAGUUUUGGUCUUUUUGUUGUCUUGCGUGAUUUGUCUUCUGGGUUUUUCUUCAUUUUCGGUGCAUGAAGCGGUUUGGAAACAAUUGAGAUCAAAUCAAAGCUUCUGGGUUUUUCUUCCUUUUCGGUGAAGUGAAGCGGUUUGGAAACAAUUUAGAUCAAAUCAAAGCUUGGAUUUUUUUUUUUUUUUCCUAAUUCAACUUGUUCAUUAGCCAACCUGGUGUGGAAGUUGUACUGAUUUGAAUCACUGGGGAAGCAAAUGGCUACAAAUGAAGAAACUGGUCCCAAAGGUGGAGUGUGGGUUUUGGAUCAGCAGCUUGAUCAGCCUAUGGAUGAGGAGGCCAAGAGGCUUAGAAAUAUGUACCAAGAAAAGAAAAUUUCGACAGCAAUUCUUCUGCAGCUUGCAUUUCAAAGCCUUGGGGUGGUCUAUGGAGAUUUAGGCACAUCUCCUUUGUAUGUCUUCUACAAUACAUUUCCCAGGGGAAUUGACGAUCCCGAGGAUUUAAUUGGAGCUUUGUCUGUCAUUAUAUAUUCCCUCACUCUUAUUCCCCUUGUGAAGUAUGUUUUUAUCGUCUGUAGAGCAAAUGACAAUGGUCAAGGUGGAACAUUUGCUCUUUAUUCGUUACUCUGUCGACAUGCCAAACUCAAAGCUAUUCCUAACCAGGACAGAACAGAUGAGGAGCUAACAACUUAUAGCUCUUCUACAUUUGGUGAGCAAUCAUUUGCUGCAAAAACCAAGAGAUGGUUGGAGGGACAUGCAUUGAUGAAGAGCACACUUCUUAUCCUUGUCCUGAUUGGAUCUUGCAUGGUGAUUGGAGAUGGGAUUCUAACUCCAGCCAUAUCAGUUCUUUCAGCAGUUGGUGGGAUCAAUGUCCGUCACUCUCGGAUUAGUAAUGAGGUAGUUGUGCUUGUUGCUGUCGUCAUACUGGUUCUUUUGUUUACCAUGCAACACCACGGUACAGAUAAAGUUGGUUGGCUUUUUGCACCAAUUGUGCUCCUCUGGUUUCUCUUGAUUGGAGGGAUUGGCAUGUUCAACAUUUGGAAAUUUGACAGGAACGUCUUAAAGGCUUUCUCGCCUUUGUAUGUAUAUCGAUUUUUUAAGAAGGGAGGAAAAGAUGGGUGGACAUCUCUGGGAGGUAUAAUGCUCAGUAUAACAGGAACAGAAGCACUUUUUGCUGACCUGUCCCAUUUCCCAGUCCCAUCAAUCCAGAUUGCUUUCACAUGUGUUGUAUUUCCUUCCCUUCUGUUAGCCUACUCUGGUCAAGCUGCCUACCUCAUGAAACAUUCUGAUCAUGUGUACGGUGCCUUUUACCAUUCUAUUCCAGACAGUAUUUAUUGGCCUGUGUUUGUUGUUGCUACUGCUGCUGCUGUUGUAGCGAGUCAGGCCACCAUAACUGCAACUUUUGCAUUAGUUAAGCAAGCCCUUGCACUUGGCUGUUUCCCAAGAGUCAAAGUUGUACAUACGUCAAGGAAGUACCGUCACCAGAUAUAUAUUCCAGAAGUUAAUUGGAUUGUUAUGGUUCUCUGCAUUGCCGUGACAGCUGGGUUUAAAAAUCAAAACCAAAUUGGGAACGCCUCUGGGACGGCAGUUUGUAUUGUUAUGUUGGUGACCACAUUGCUUAUGAUUUUAGUCAUGAUAUUAGUGUGGCACUGCCAUUGGGUUCUUGUCCUAAUCUUCACAGGCUUAUCAUUUCUAAUGGAGGGCACUUACUUUUCUGCUGUACUCCUCAAGGUCAAUCAAGGAGGCUGGGUUCCUCUUGUGAUAUCAGCAGCUUUCUUUAUUAUUAUGUAUGUAUGGCAUUAUGGUACAGUAAAGCGCUAUGAGAUUGAGGUUCACAGUAAGGUUUCAAUGGCAUGGAUUCUUGGACUUGGUCCCAGUUUAGGACUGGUUCGGGUACCUGGUGUAGGCCUUGUGUACACUGAGCUAGCAAGUGGAGUUCCCCGCAUCUUCUCUCACUUUAUCACCAACCUACCCGCCAUUCAUUCUGUUGUUGUCUUUGUCUGUGUGAAGUACCUUCCUGUCUGUACAGUCCCAGAAGAAGAGCGGUUCCUUGUAAAGCGGAUUGGACCCAAGAAUUUUCACAUGUUCCGUUGUGUUGCCAGAUAUGGGUAUAAAGAUCUCCAUAGAAAAGAUGAUGAUUUUGAGAAAAAGCUCUUUGACAGCCUUUUCAUGUUCCUCCGGCUUGAGUCCCUGAUGGAGGCAUCAUCAGACUCUGAUGUAUCUAGUUUACUUGACCAGCAAACUAAGCAAUCAGGAGAUGGCCUGUUCAGUAAUAACAGCGAUCCUUACUCCAAUAUUGUAGACCUGUCAAUCGCAUCAGGGGACUCAAUCGUGCCAGCUGAUUCUUCAUUGGGCGCAAACAAUGCUGUGAUAUCCACCCAUCAGGCAGGCAGCCAGGUGGAGAUCGAUGAGAUAGAGUUCUUGAACAACUGUAAAGAUGCAGGGGUGGUGCACAUACUGGGAAAUACUGUAGUAAGAGCCAGGAAGAACUCAAAAUUUUGGAAGAAGAUAGCUAUUGAUUAUCUCUAUGCAUUUCUUAGGAAGAUAUGUAGGGAAAAUAGUGUAAUGUUUAACAUUCCUCAUGAGAGUCUCUUGAAUGUUGGGCAGAUAUUCUAUGUAUAAACAUUCAUCUCCAUAGUAGGAGUCUGACCAAACUCAGCGCGCCAUUUGCUGUAUUAUGAAUGAGCAACUUUAAAUCA